AUGGAGUCGUCGACGACCAUGAGUGGCGGCAACAGCAAAAACACCUCUUCAUCGGGUGCUCCCCGUCUCGAGCUGCCGAGUGACGCCGUCCCGCUGGCAGACAUGAUUCGCUCGCAGCCGGGUUCGACCAGCGACGAUGCCGACCAACCCGUUACCCCCCCCGCCGACACAUCCGCAGCGGAGUCAAAGGGCAAGGGAAAGGAGCAAGACGCUCCUACACCCCCUUCCAAGCAGAGGCGAGACUCCUUGGCCGCCAUCGGUCCCGCCCAAGACGAUGUCAGAGCCGCCGCCCCCAGCGGCACCGACGGCGGCCCCGUCUGCUCCAUCACCCUCCUCUUGACCUCAGGCAGCCGUCACCCCUACAAGAUUGAUGCCAGGUAUCUCACCCGGAGGAACGUCGCCAUGCCCGAGGAAACCGAGGCCGGCCACCCGGACCCCUUCAGCAUCAGCAUCUACACAUUGAAAGAGUUGAUCCUGCGCGAGUGGAGGAACGAUUGGGAGGCGAAACCGGCCAGCCCCAGCAGCAUACGUCUCAUCCAUUUCGGAAAGCUCUUGGAGGACAAGGAACAGACCGUAGAGUACCAGUUCAGUACCGAAAAUCCAAACGUCGUCCACAUGAGCGUCCGUCCCUCGGAUCUCGACGAGGAGGAGCCCAAGGCCGGAGCCAAGAGUCUUCCGGCGGGCAGCGGGGACGGCCACCGCUCCAGGCCUGGCGGCGGUUGCUGUGUCAUCUUAUGA